UGUGCUCCAACUCUGGCUUACCCUUCAGUGGUGCCUGAGUGUGGCCCCCGGAUUAACGUGGGUGGGCCUUUUGGCCUUGGUUUGGGCUGCCCAGCAGAUCGGGCGAGACCGUAAGGCGGUUUGGGCGAUAGAAUGGCCACUGGACCCAGGUGCCGAGAUGGCCGGUCCCUCAGUUUGAGAUGGGCGGCUCAGUCGGCCAUUCUAUCGUUGGAUUCUGCUAUUAAUUCGACCCAGGUUCGAAGGUCCGCCUCGCCCGUCAUCCACCCCGUUCCUCGCCCCGAAUUUCACCCGGUCCCAGCAUGAGCCAGUCCCCGGAUCCCAUUGACCCUAGCACGGGUCAACGGGAACCGCGGUCCCGGAAAGGGUUUUUGGCCUCAGCCUGGAGCAAGCUUAAGUUUUGGCAAGAUCGGGAUCGAUCGCCGGAAAAUGAACUAGCUUUGGAGUCGGAGGCCCAGCCCAGGUUCAUUCUGCCGUGCCGGAAACGGAAGUGGAAGAAAAAGCGGCAGAAAAUUCAAUUGAGAAAUAUGCAGAAGCGACAGACCACCUUGCAACUGAGGCAGGAUGAGUUGCUCAAAUAUCAACGACAAGUGGCUGGCUUGCAUGAUCCCAUACAUUUGAUCAUCAAGAGCAAUCCGGUUAUUUACCAUGUGGAUUAUAGCGAUAUUACCACUGUGGGCAAAAUCAAGCGGAAACGAAACCGCUCGUACGUCUACCGCUCGGAUCAUGAUUUUGUUCGACGAGAUUGGGAAAAAGCCAUGGAUCGUCAUUCGCAAAACUAUCCCGUCAUUUACAAUCGGUCAGCCAUCAAAGGCACAUCCUUUGGUGUCAAGUUAAGACCCAUUCGAGAUGGAAAGGGUUGGUUCUUCUGGCGGAAGAAGCCUGCCAAAAUCAGAGUUCAGAAAUUGCGAGUCCUGAAAGAGUUUCCCGCUCAUCCGCAUCGAUUAAGUAUCUACGAGAUCCGGAAGAAAUCCAAGUAUCCGAGUGUUGUAGUUCAACGACGGGCUGAAAGACGUCGCCAGAGGCAUUUCCAGCGAUAUCAAGAGCAACUCGAUUAUGCCCCUUUAGCUCUGCAUUACCAUCCAAUGCAUUCUCCCUCCCGAAGAUAUGGCAGCCAUUAUUAAUUGUGUGCUUUCUUCAUUCCUAUCAGUCCGGCAAAUAUAGCGUGUUCAUGAUUUA